AUGGCCUGUAGUCCCAAGCGGCCAGAUCCGCUUCGGGACGCGGAAGCGCGCGUUCGAGCGCUCACUCGAGAGGUCGGGACGCUUCGCGAGGACUUGCGGCGUGAAACUAAGAAGCGAGAACGCGCAGUAGCGCAGGCCAAAGAGAAUGAGGAGGCACGGCGCACCAGCGAAGCCCGUGCCCAGGAGCUGGCGUAUAGCAAUCGCAAGUUGGCUUCGGAGCUGGACACGUUGCACGAGGCGGCGCGGGCGGCUGCAGAGCGGGACCGUCGGGCGCUGCGCAGCCUACGGGAGGGACUGGCGUCGGUGGAAGAGGCAGUGGCGGUGCGGGCCCGCAAGGGCUUUACGCAGGUCCAGAUGUUGCACGAGGCCCAGCAGCAGCUACGACAGCUGCUGUUCGGCUACUCAGGCGGCGGCAGCUCUGUAGCCACCUCCUUGGACCCGGCGUCCGCCGGCGGCGCCAGCGCCAGCAUCAGCAUGAGCGUCAGCGGCCUCUCCGCCGCCGUGACAUCGCGCGCGGCGCAGCUGCUGGCUACGGCACAGGCUCACGCGGAGCAGCUGGCGCUGCUGCUUGCAGGCGGCGACGGCGACGGCACUGGCAGCGGCGGCGGUGGCAGCGCAGGCAGCUCCGGCGGUGGCAGCGGUGUCGAGGGGCUUGAUGGCAGCAACGACAGUGGCAGCGUGGCGGGCGCGGUGCUGCUGGCGGCAGCGCGCCAGGCCUUGGCCCCCGGCGGUGGCGUGGAUAUAGAAAAGGAUCAGCUCCGCGAGGAGGUGUUGCGACUGCGGGGGGCGAUACGGGCCUUGGAGGAGCGCUCCGGCCCCGGCAGCUUCACCGCGCUGGAGCUGCAGCAGUCUCUACGUGAGGCCCAAUCUGAGCUGGCCAGGCUGAGAUCGGAGAUGGUUCACCUGAAUGCGGCCGCUGCGGCGGCGACACGGGAGCAGCAGGCCACCUCGGAGGCCCUGGAGGAGGCGCGACGGAGAAACCGGCUGUGUGCCUGCUCCGAAACCUUCCUUGCUGCGUCUCUGCGCUUUAAGCUAGAGUUCCAUCCCCGAAGGGUCCCGCUGCAGCAGCAGGACGAGCUCCACGCUGCGCUGGUGACUUCGGUUCGGGAGCAGGAGGACAACAACAUGGGCCUGGUAGCGGAACUCACGGCGCGGCGUGUGGAGCUGGAGGGCGAGAUGUCCAGUUUGGUUCAGCGGCUGGGGGCGCUUCAGCAGCAGGUCUCGGAGCUGCUGGAAGAGCGAGCGGGAAUGCAUGAGGUGCUGCGGCUGCGCGAGGAGGAGCGGCGUAGCCUGGAGGAUAUGCUGCAGCGGAGGGAGGAGGAGCUGCAAGCAGCCAAGGCCAGCAUCCUGGAGCAGGGCGCCGAUAUCCGUAACGCCCUGUCCCUUAUCAGCCGUGCACCGGGCCAAGCGCCAACUGCCAUAACGUUGCCGCUGACGGGUGCAACAACAGCAGCAGCGGCGCCCUCGGCGGCAGCUGCCGCAACGGCGACGGCGGCGGAGCGGAUCUCAGCGCUGUCGGCGUCCCUCGCGCUGCCGAGGGCCACAUCGGCGCCGCCCCCGGCAGCGGCGGCAGGGGGAACCUCCCUGGACUCAGCACUGGCAGCGGCGCUAGCGCCGUACCAUAAUGCCAGUGCUGCGAUUGGGUCAGCGCUGGCGGCAGCCGCCGCCAUCAUCCCGCCGAUGGCAGCUGCCGCGCCUGCUCCAUCCCCUCCGCAGCCGGCGUCUCUUGGCACCCUGGCGGGUGGUAUCGGUGCUGCGUCCUGGCUGCAGCCAGCGGCCACCGCCGCCGCUGCUGGUGGCGGCAGCGGCAGCAGCGUCCUCGGGCAGCCCCUCCCGCCGCCGACGGUGCCUUCCUCCCUCAUGCAACUGCUGCAGCGUUCGCAGCCCCAGGCCCAGCUCCAGCUCGCGACUCAUCCACCGUACAAAAGCCCAAUCCUGCAGCAACAGCAGCAGAUCACUGCGGGGCGCCAGCAUCAGGCCUUGGCAGACCUGACGGCGCUGCUGGGUGGCCAGGGAGCCGCACCAUGUCCCCGGGGGCGGGCCGACGCCGCUGUGCCAUCGGCGCGCGGCGUCCAGCCGCCCGUGGCUGGCGGCUGGGCGGCAGCUGCUGCCGCAGUUCCGCUAAAGGCGUCGCCGCCGCUGCCGCCGCCGCUGCCACCGCCGGCUCCUCGCGGAGGACCAGGGGAGCCGCCGCACGGCCGCAGUGGCGCUGCUACCGCCACUGCCGCCGCCGCGACUGCGCAAUUACCCUCAGCCAGUCGGCGGCAACCUUCAGAGCAGGAUCCCGACGGCCGCGUCGGCCCAGGUGGUGGCAGCGACGAGGGCGGGCCCGCAGGCCCGGCGGGGGACUCCGCCUGGAGGCCUGGGGGCCGGCGACUGGUGGCUGGCGAAGGGCUGCUCCUGCAUGCUCUUCACGGCGCUAGGGGACUGGGCGGCGGAGAAGGCAUGGGGAUGGGAGCGGCGAGUACGGCAACGGGACUGGGGAUACGGGCAAACAAGGGUAGGGGGCAAAUGGCUCGCUCGUUGGGAUGCAUCCUUCCGCGCCGGCUGCUGGUGGGAGGCUUUGUGACUGCGGGGCGGUUGAAGACGAAAUGCAUGUCUUUGUGGAAUGCCUGGCGUACAUUAGUACACGGGCGAACGUGA